CGAGCCUACUUUAAAUACUACCAGUAGAUCCGGAGUUGACAGUUCAAUUAUUUCCAUGACAAAAGUAACACUAUAUAUCAUGUUCUAUUAUUCCUUCACACUCCAAAUUCACUGUAUUCAUCUCUGGUCCCCUCAUUCUUCCUCUAGUUUGUGAACUGUUCCACAUUGGGGACACCAAUAUUUUCUUUCAGUCAUCAAGGAAACACAACAGACAAACCAUGAACAAACACUUCAAUUUAGUCUUAAUGCAGGACAGAGUUUAAAGUUUAAAACUUUAAACUACAUUAGAACUGUUUUCUUCAACUAAUGGAUUAUGAAAGAAUCCAAAAGAGGCCGCCCCAGCUGCGAAAUCAGGUUUGCUUAUAUUGUUUCGUUUCCCUCUCAUUUAUUUCUUCUGGGUUUUUUUCAAUUUUUUUUUUUUGGGUUUGGAUUCUUUUCCAAAUGUUGCUGCCAUAGUACGACUGCUUUUUUUCGUUUCCCAAUGUUAUACUACUGGUAUAGUUUUAUUAUGUACAGCGACUGACUUGUCAUUUUUGCUGUUUCAAAAUGGUAAUGUUUUUCUCUGUUCUUAGUUUUUCGAGAAAUAAAAAAAAUGCCCUUUUGAUCCGUCAAAUCUUUGAACUCCUCACAACCCUUUCCACUUCCAGUGAUAUCGUUUUCCAUCCAUAGAUAGAUAUCCCUAUAAUCUUUCUGGGUUUCUUAUUAUUUGUAGUUAUCUCCUGGGAAAUUGAGGUCUAUGAUUCUGGGGAGUGGAGGAGGUGGAGGUGGGUCCGACAAGAAGGGAGCACAGGGAACUGGUGGUGAAGAUGACUACUUAGAUGAGGAGCUUGAAAGCACCAGUCUUUCCAUGAGAUCCCAAGGACUCGAGAUCCAAGAUUUUGGUAAGCAAAUUUUUCUAUGCUCGUGGGUUCUGCAAUCAGACAUUUACAUGCAUUGGAGUGUUUUAAAUCCUGGGAUAAAUCAUAUGCUCUAGUGUUGUAAUCAAUAGUGCUGUUUGGGGGAAUAUAAAGUAUUGCUGGUCAAAAUGAUCUCAAUUUGGGGGGUUGCAAAGGUAAAAGUGUUUGGUGGAUUAGAAUCUCCAUAUAUGUGGUAGGACCAUAUGUGCUUGUACUUUUUCCUCCCCCUAAUUGUGUUGAACUUUUUUUUUAUCAUUCUAGCUGUCAAAUAAAAAGGUGUAAACAAUAAUCUUUGGAUUUUCUUUAGAUUCUAAAAGUUUGGAAGCUGAUGAUUUGUUCUUUUUUUUGGUAGAGCAUAAUCUCUAACGUUGGUUAUAAAUUCAUAUAAAUUCAUUUGUUGAAUGAAUUAGGAGAUGAUGGUUAUGACAAUUGCAAGGAUGUAGAUGUGGUCAGUGUACUUCCCGGAUUCCCAACUGUAGCAACGCCAGAAAUAUCUGCGCAUUCCGAGAUCAGUUAUGACAGUGGAUUGAAGGAUAAUUCCCUUGUUAGUUCAAGAGUUAGAUCUACAGAUGAGAGUUCUAUGCAUUACGAUAGUGGGAAUGACGCUACGAGUGUGUCUUCUUCAGCCUUUGAGUUCCAGAAGUCUGAACGGGCUCAACAAAGAGUUCCCCUUGCACCCUUUUCGAAACCUGCCCCAUCGAAAUGGGAUGAUGCACAAAAGUGGAUAGCGAGCCCGACGGCAAACCUACCGAAAAAUGGACAGCCCACUCAAGGGAUUGGAUCACGCAAGGGUAGUUAUUUUGGAUAUGGUAGUCGCCAGUCUUCCACAAAGGUAGUUGUUGAAGUAACUGAUCAAAAAAUGAUACCAUAUGAUGAGCCUGAUACCAAGCAGAUUGACUCCAGCCUGGCGAGGAAGCAAUCUGGGAUGCAGAAGGUUGUGGACUGGGAUGCUUAUCAGUGCACUUCUGAAUCAUAUAGCAAGCCUGUUGUCAUGAUGGACAAUUUCAUUGGAGAAUCAGCAAUGGCAUUUAGCCGUCAUGAUUCCUCUCUUGCUGUCCAUAGUGCAACGGCGAUUAUUCCACCACCUUCAACUGCUAGAUCUGUGUCAAUGAGAGAUAUGGGUACUGAAAUGACUCCAAUAGCUAGCCAAGAACCUUCUCGGACUGGCACACCCGUCAGGGCAACUACACCAACUCGAAGUCCUUCAACUUCUAUGCCUUCAAGUCCAGGAAGAGCUGCCCCAGUUAUGCCUCCUGGUGAUCCUUCAAAUGAGCAUUUGGAUGAUGACAUUAAGGAGUCUUCUGAAAAAGAACUCCAGAUGAAAACCCGCAGAGAGAUUAUGCUUCUUGGAACACAGUUAGGCAAGAUGAAUAUUGCUGCCUGGGCUAGCAAGGACAAUGAAAAUAAAGAAGCCUUGGCAUCCAUUAAGACUGUUGCUACAGAGCAACCAUCUCAGAGUGUCAUUGAGACGCGGGCAGUAGCUUGGGAGGAAGCAGAGAAAGCCAAGUAUAUGGCCAGGUUUAAGAGGGAAGAAAUCAGGAUCCAAGCAUGGGAAAAUCAUCAGAAAGCAAAGACAGAAGCUGAAAUGAGGAAAACUGAGGUUGAGGUAGAAAGGAUGAGAGCGAAGGCCCAAGAUAAGCUAAUGAACAAGCUAGCAAGUGUGCAGCACAAGGCCGAAGAGAGGCAUGCGCAAGCAGAGGCAAAAAGAAACCGCCGUGCAGCUAAAGCAGAGAAGCAAGCAGAAUAUAUCCGCACGACUGGCCGGAUACCAUCCUCGUUUCGCUGCUGGAAUUGGUGCCAUUGGUGCUCCUGAAGUAGGGAAUUCCUUAGGCCACCGAUAUCAUUUCAGGUGUUUCGAUGCUGUUGGCAGUGAUUGUGUAUACUCUUGUUUCAUAUGCCUUUUGUAGAAAAAAACUGCUAGUUCAGCACCCAAGUUAAAUAUCCUGUAGAGGCUUCAAAUGCAAUUUGAAGAGAGCAUUUUUAUGGUCAACAUCCUAAUUUGAAAUGGGUAACCAUGAACAUCCAAGUUAUAUCCACUCAUGAAUGAAUUCAUAAACUACUAGAACAACCUUGAUUGCCUGCUAAUAAAUAAAGCCGACAAUAUACUACAUCUAUGCAAUAUUAGCUCCGCAAACAUACUUGUUCAACAAAGUGAAGCUGUUGUAGUUAGUGUUAGUAAAACUGUACUAGGCUCUUCAGUUGUUUUCC